AUGGCAUUUUUUUUUAAACAAAAUAAAAAAUCAAAAAACACGCUAGGAUUUCAACAAAAAAGUUAUUCUCAAUCUGUUGGGAACAUUGAAUCAACGUAUAUAAGCAAAGAAACAUCAUAUCCAUGGUCGCGGCAGAAGCUCUCUGGUCCUUGUCUAUUUCCUAGAUAUGGACAUGCAAGUAAUCUGACCGUUAGUAAAACAGGUGAUAUAUUUAUUUUUGGUGGGCUUGUGAAAGAAAAGGUGAAACAUGAUCUAUGGGUUAUUGAUACGGUUACUAUGAUGACAUAUCAGAUACAGGCGCCAGGAGAUUGUCCUAGUUCUCUGUUUGGAGGAGAUACAAAAACAUCAAAAAACAACAUUAAUGACAACUCUUUAUAUUUAUUAAAUACAACUUCUAAAAUAUGGACGAAAGCAGUAAUUUAUGGACAGAAACCUAGUGGAAGAUAUGGCCAUACAUUAAAUAUUAUUGGAACCAAAAUCAUUAUUUUUGGUGGGCAAACAGAAACAUUUUUUUUUAAUGAUUUAGUUUCCUUUAAUUUAGACACAUGUAUGUUUAAGAAAUAUUCUAAUGACCGUAAUUUAAUUUCUGUAGUAAAUACACCUAGUGCUAAAUGGGAACAAAUAACUCCUAUUACAAGUUUGCCUCCUGCUCGUACGAAUCAUAUAAUGAUUACUUAUCAAGAAAAGCUUUACUUAUUUGGCGGCACAAAUGGUAGUCAAUGGUUUAAUGAUGUUUGGGUCUUUGAUUAUAAGAAUCUUUCGUGGAAAGAAGUUGUAUGUAACGGAUGUAUUCCUCAACCAAGAGAAGGUCAUUCAGCUUCCCUAGUGGAUGAUAUUAUUUAUAUUUUUGGUGGGCGUGGUCUGGAUGGUUCAGAUCUUGGUGACCUUAUUGCGUUUAAGAUAACGACAUCAAAAUGGUAUAUUUUUCAAAAUAUGGGACCUUCUCCGUCUCCUCGUUCAGGACAUACAUUAACUAGUUUUGGCCAAAAAAUAAUUGUACUUGGGGGAGAAGGUUCUUUAAAUAAAACAGAAGAUUUGUCAAUCAUUUAUAUCUUAGAUACAUCAAAAAUUCGUUAUCCUCCAGAAAUAUCUAUUCCAAAUUUGAUUUCAAGUCCAAUGAUAAAAUCAGGAAGUUUGUUGGCACCCUCCCCCUUAUCUCCUAUGCUUUCAAAGCCUUUAUCGACAUCAAUGUCGAAAUUGCAAACAUCUAAAAAUUCUUUUAAUGUUACAACUCCAUCAAAAAUAUUACAACACUCAGAAUCUUUACGAACUGAUUUACAAACUAUGUCAUUAGAGCAAUUUCAUAAACAAAGAGUAUCUAGAAAACAUAAUAGAUCAAAAGGAGUAACAAGUUCAUCUAAAGAAGAGCCUGCUAAUCUUCAAUCUUCUAAUAGUUUAAACAUUGAAGAUACACUGCUUUCAAAAUCUCAAAGUUAUGAUCAAAUAAGAAAAGUUGCUACAAACGAUGUAAAGAAGACUGUUGCUAGUGAAACAAAGAAAAAUAUAGUAAAUGGUACAAAAAAUACUAAUACAAAUGAAAUAAAAAAAAAUACAGCAGCUGACACAAAAAUUGCUACAAACGAAACAAAACAUAUUACAGAUCAGCAGGAGGACAAUAACAUUAAUAUUAUUAAUCCAAUGUCAACUAUUGUAGAAAAUCAAGCUGAAGCUGUAAAAUUAGCUGAAAAACAUGAUUUAGAUAUCACAGAUUUUCAAAUAAACAAUAAGGAUAUUCAGUCUUUUAAGUUUAAAGAAAACAUAGAUGAACUUAAAAUUAAAAAUGAACUAUUACAGGCGGAAUUAAAUCUAAUAAAAAAUCCAGAUUUAGACAAAACACCUGCAGAUGUAUUCUUCGAUUCCAUUGAAAGACAGAAUAUGAUAGAAAAUCUUAUUUCGCUUAAAAAGCAGAUAACUUUGCUUAAACUAGAAAUUCUAUCUCAAACAAAGACAGCAAGUUUAAAAGUUACAGAAGCUGAAGCUGAAAAAAAUAAUUGCUUACAAGAAGCUGUAUAUUAUAAAGCAAAACUUGCUGCUUUAUCUAAUCCAGAAAUGUUGUCAACUGUUGAAAAUGCUCGAAUUACAGAGUUAAGUACUAAGUUAUCUAGUAUUAUGGCUACACGUCAAGAAUUAAACAAAAAAUUAGCUUCAUUGACUGAGGAUAUUGAAUUAGGACAAAGGAAAAUACAACAGCUUGAAGAUAUGAAUCAAAACUAUCUUAAAAGAAUAAAAGUUGCAGAAAGUGCUUAUGAACGGAUUUCUAGUGAAUUAAAUGAAACAAGGUUAGCCUGUAUUGAUGCUGAAGAGAAGUUUAAAGAACAAUCAUCUUUAAAAAAUGAACUAGAAUUUGAAAAAAAUCAAUUAUAUCAGGAAAAUGUUAGUUUGAAACAUGAAAUUGCUGAUCUUAAAGAAAAAAAUACACUAUAUUUAAAAUCUAUUGAAAUGAUUAAUAUUUCUAUAACUAUGGCAGAAAAUCGUGUUGCCAAUUCAGAAAAUAAAUCUCAAAAAGAACAAGAAAUUCGUAUAGAGCUUGAAAAAAAAGUGAAUCAGCUUACUAGAGAACUUAUGAUAGAGAAUAAUAAAAAACAGAUUCUUGAAGAAAAAAUUACUACUCUUGAAUCUAAAAUGUCAGAUGUUGCUAAAGAAGCUAAUGUGGCACGAGAAGCUAUGAAUGAAGGAAUUCUUGAAUUACUUAGGAUAUCUAGAGAAACUACAUCUUCUGAAAAUCUUUUAGAUGACAGUCAAGUCAAAGUACUUCAAGAGCAAUUAGCAUCUGUUAAAUCUUUAUAUUCAACGUUACAAGUAUCAGCUAAUAAGUCAGUUAAAGAUUUAGUUGCAGCGUUAGAAAAAAUCUCUCAGCUUGAGGCUUUAAAUUUUGCUUCUAACAAAGAAGUUCAGGAUUUAAGAGAUAAAAUAAUUGACUUACUUAAAGAGUUAGAUACUCUUAAAAAGGAUCAUAGGGAUAUGAAAACUUUAUUGAGUGCUAAAGAUAAAGAUUUAGAAAUAGCUCAUAUAAAAGCAUCUGCUAUAUCUCGUUUGCUUGAAGAAUAUCCUUUAUUAGAAGAACGAAAGAACUUUCAAGAUAACGCUAUUACUUAUGUAACUCGGGGAACUAAUAUGACACCUGAUAUUCUAAAUAAAAACAAUUCAGAAGAAUCAGAUCUACAAUUAAAACAAAACAAUAAUAAUAAACAGGAAGUUAAAAUAACUCAGCAUCAUAAUGUUUUUAAUCCAGAGAGCUCAGAGAAAAAUGGUACGUUAGUUAAUCAAGAAAAUAUAAAAAAUGCUGUUCCUCUUCAUAAAAAUCAUAACGAGAUUAGCAAUAAUUAUAUAUCCUCGUCUAAUUUAGAUAAAGAGAAUCCUGAUCUAAAUGAGCAAAGAGCUCUCGAUGCAGAACGUCGUUUAGCAGAAUCUACUCAGAAUUAUAAAGAACGUCUACAACAACUUGAAAAUGAUUAUCAGUCAGCAGUUUAUUAUAUGAAAAGUACAGAAAAUAUGUUAAAACGUAUGAAGAAUGAACUUUCAAAAUACAAAUUACAAAAUUCUCGCUUGAAACAAGAAAAUGAUGACUUAAAGAAUUAUAAAAAUACUAAUAUUUUAAAUUUCGAAAAUCAUGAAUUUCAAAACAUUGAAAUGCAUAAUAAUACUUUAACUGAUGAAUACUUAAAAAUGCAAACAGAUCAAGAUAUUUUAUUGCAGGAAAAAGAAUUAGAAAGUCUCGAAGAAAAAUAUAUAAAUUUAAAAAAUACAUAUUAUGAUAAUACCAAAGAAUCUGUCGAAAAUGCCAUUUCUGAAUUGGAAAGAACGGUUGAAGAAUUAGAAGUUACUUCAAAUAAAAGUAAUUUAGUUUUUAAGAACAUAUCCAACAGUCAAGUUAUUUCUCCAAAUGAAAUGUCUAACAAUAAAAAUAUUAUUCCAAAAGUGGAAACUUUAAAUGAAGAAAAUUUGUUUUUAAUGAAUUCUUCAAAGAAUGAUACCACACUUUUAAAAGAAACAAAGGCUACUGUUAUAGAUUGCGACGAUACGCAUAAUGACACAUUAUAUGAUUUUGAUAAUACAGCAGAAAAUACUACUUUCAAAGAUACAGCAUUUUUAAAAACAUCCAAUACAUUAGAUUCACUAGCAAAUGAAUUAGACCAGUUACGUACACAAUGGGAAUCUACAAAUAAACAUAAAGCUAUUUCAUCUAAUUAA